AAAGGUUCCACGUGGCGUGAUCGCCCCUGUGCAGCGCAAAGGUGCAGGUGCCAGGACGCUAGCGGAAGCGUGGCAGCCUGGACCAGGGCCCCAGUCCUGCAAUAGGGCUGUCGAGCCAGUACCACCACCCCCCGGCCUGAGACUCGCCCCCUGUGGAGAAAUGGGACCUGCUUGGCCUCAGCACCCACUUUCUCCUUGGACUCACUCCUUGGGGAAUUUUUCACCCAUGCUCCCUUGUCGAAGUACCUCCAUAUCCGCAUCCUACAUAACUCUGGGCUGCAGGUGGUGUAUCCCAGCUCCAUAGCGCAGAGACAGGGCUCCCUCACCCGCUCAGAGCCACCCACGGGCGCUAUGAGCCCGACACCCCGCACAUCCCUCCUCCGCAUCCCAGCCGACCGCCUGGCUGUCCAACCCGGCAGGAGGACAUCCUGCUGCUGAGGGAGCUGCAUGUCUGCCACUACCGCUUCUCCCUGUCCUGGCCCCGGCUGCUGCCCACGGGCGUCCGAGCCGAGCAGGUGAACGAGAAAGGGAUCAAGUUCUACAGCGACUUCAUCGACGCCCUCUUGAGGAGCAACGUCACCCCCAUCGUGACCCUGCACCACUGGGACCUGCCGCAAGUGAGGCGCAGGGGGAGGAGGCGGAGACCCCAAGCUGCUCCAGGACCGAUUCGGUGGGUGGCAGAAUGCCAGCAUGGCCAGUUUCUUCCGGGACUACGCUGACCUGUGCUUCGAGGUCUUCGGGGACCGUGUAAAGCACUGGAUCACAUUCAGCGACCCUCGGGCCAUGGUAGAAAAGGGCUAUGAGACGGGUGAGCAUGCACCAGGCCUGCGGCUGCAUGGUACCGGCCUAUACCAGGCGGCACACCACAUCCUCCAGGCCCAUGCGCAAGCCUGGCAUUUGUAUGACAGCAGGUGGCGCAGCCGACAGCAAGGCCUGGUGGGGAUUUCUCUGAACUGUGACUGGGGGGAACCUGUAGACGUCAGCAACCCCAGGGACGUCGAGGCUGCCGAGCGGUAUCUGCAGUUCUCCCUGGGCUGGUUCGCCAACCCCAUCUAUGCCGGCGACUACCCCCACGUCAUGAAGGAACGCAUUGGAACAAAGAGCAGGGAACAGGGCCUGGACCUGUCUAGGCUGCCUGCAUUCUCGCGCCAGGAGAAAAGCUACAUCCGAGGCACCUCUGACUUCCUGGGCCUGGGUCACUUCACCACGCGCUACAUCACCGAGCGGAAGUUCCCCUCCCGCCAGGGGCCCAGCUACCAGAACGACCAGGACUUGGUAGAAUUUGUUGACCCAGACUGGCCAGAUCCGGGGUCUCCAGGCCUCUGCUCCGUGCCAUGGGGUUUCAGGCGGCUCCUCCAUUUUGCUCAGACUCAAUAUGGCAAUCCUCCCAUAUAUGUGACAGAAAAUGGAGCAGUGCAGAGAUUGUACUGCACACAUUUAUGUGAUGAGUGGAGAAUUCACUACCUUAAAGGGUACAUCAAUGAAAUGUUGAAAGCUCUGAAAGACGGUGUCGAUGUGAGAGGGUACACGUGCUGGUCCCUGCUGGACCAGUUUGAAUGGGACAAGGGCUACACACACAGGUACGGACUGUACCACGUGGCUUUCGCCAUCAGAAGCAAGCCUCGCUACCCCAAGGCUUCGGCUCGCUUCUAUAAGAAGAUCAUUGCGGCCAACGGGUUUCCUGGGCGCAGACAGGUGCGAAGCUGGCACCAGGAAGCUUUGGAAACUUGCUUUGUCAAUGACCAAAUGCAUGCUACAGAGCCCCUGCUCGGCCACAUGCGCCUGGCCUCGGAGAUCGCGGUGCCCACCGUGUGUGCCGCCUGCGUGCUCAUCACAGCCCUGCUCCUCACCCUGCUGCUGCGGCACCCGCGCUGAGCCAGCCGGAGGAGGCAGCCACACCCCAGGAGCUCUUCAGGCCUGGGUGCGAUGCGGCAGGGCCCUGGGAGCCUGCUGUCUGUCCUUCCUCCCCUUCUGGAUAUGUGCUUGCAUUUAAGAUUAGAAAAGGAAAACAGUGUAAGUGAAAUAAAAGGCACCUGUGA